GAAAUGAGAUAACAAGAAGUCCCGUUAAGGUUUAGGGGUUCCGAAACCCAGCCAGCAAUAGCAAUAGGUCUGCAUCCAUCGUCAUGGCGGCAUCCGUCGUAGCCAGGUCCCUCCUCCGUUCAGCCUCCACCUCCGUCAGAGCAUCAGCCCCUAGAAUCUCUGGCUGUACACGCACCUUCCGCUCUCGAAAACCCCUUUCUCAUCGCAUUUUCAGGUCACCUGUAGAGAUGAGUUGUGUUACUGUGGAAUCAUUAUUUCCCUUCCACACAGCCACUGCUUCUGCAUUGCUCACUUCAAUGCUUUCAACUGCUCCCUGUAGAUAUGGUUGGCUCAUUGAUGUUUGUUUCCAUGCUGUGUGUAAAUCAUGCACUAUUCCAUCCAAGCUAAAGUGCCACAUGGGUAAAUGGAUUCCACUUUCUAUAAAUAUAUCUAAUAUGAUUCUUAGCUCUGGGAUUGUACUGAGAUUUAGGUGCUGUUGUUUGAUGAUGUUGAUGAUGACUAGGAUGCAUGCUCACAUAGGAUUGGACGAGGCCUUGGUGACUUAAUAAUAAUGAUACACUAUAUGUUUGUGUUUUGCUUUUAAAUUUCAAGACAAUGUAACAACUUAAUUAAAUAAAACGAAAUUUCAAUCCAUGUGUUGAGAAACAA